AUGACCAUUCAUCGGUCGUUUUUACGGUGCAAUUCGACAAUCGGGCGGGAGGCGGGAGAACGGGUUGCUGAAGGACCGCGCGAACAGUGCGCGUUUGUUCGAGCGGCACCGCCAACAGGACACAAAGACGGAAAAGACAACCGGCUAAACCAUCGCAAUCAGCUCCGAACCCCAAGUUCCCGAACAACCAAUCAGCAUUCAGCACCGGCGUCGACUCCGCCUAAGGCAGCAGAGGGCUCGUCAUUGGGCAACGUGUCGCUUGAUGAGAAUUGUCUCCGCCUUUCAGUGCGUUAUUCGUCCCGUCCAGUCGCGUCCCUUCCCGUCGAUUUGUCUGGUUCUUUAGUGCAGCCAGCAAUUGUCAACGGCUCUCGACCGACGACCGACCGACACGACCCCGUCAUGGGUUAUCUGAACGAGUGGCAGGACGUGCUGCAGUUUCAGGUGAACCGCAUCACCGCCUUGAAGAACCAAAUGGAUUUUCUGACGCGCUCCCUGGACCAGCGGCAGAACAGCUUACUAAGCGAGUUGGCAGGGCUGCAUGGUCAACUCGAGAAACUGACACGCGAGUUUCAGACCACCCUCGACGACUUUAAGCACUGUUUGCGCCGGGGACCCGAU